AUGGAAGAGAGAGGAGAGCAGCUUGCGGUGCUAUUUCAAAGGCACCUAUAUGAAUUGGUGAUAUGGAUUACAACUGAGAUUAAGCCUGAUGCAGUGUCAUGGAGCAGUUUCUGUAAAGUUGAUAUGAAACCUUUUCUUGGAGACCAUGGGUUUAAAGUUGGCAGUUUCGUCAUUGACAAGGAGAAGAAAGUAGCAGUGGUUUCUGGUGACUGCGAGGAACGUAGAGAUCAUAUCUACAAGGGCCAAUGUUAUGUGGUUGGAGAGGAUGGAUGCUACCAAGAAAAAACGGAUAUGGAAGAUAUUGUGAUCUCUUAUGUUCCAAGUUUGGUGCAGCUCCAAUAA